GGACGGAGCAAGGUGGCAGCAGGCAGGACGCACGGCCAGGGAGCCCAGCUCCAGGGGCUGUCCUGCAGGGUGGGGUUGCACUCGCGGCCGCUCCUUCUCCGCGCCUGCCCCAUCCCCAAAGAGGACACCCCUCCUUCCGCCCGGCCCGCUCCCCACCCUCGCCGCGGCGCCGCCUCCAGCGCCCGCCCGCCCGCGCCCAGAGCCUCCCAGGCAGCCAGCGAGCGAGUGGAGCGCUCUGGAAUGGGACUUGGAGGCGCCGGCGAAGGAGGAGACGGCUGCCACGGCAGCGAUAGCAGCUCCGGCUUCUUCCUCGGCUCCCACGAGCGAUCCUCGGAGGAGAGCCGCGGCUCUCGGAGAAGCGAGGAGGCCAACGAGGAAGCCCGGGGUGGCUGCGCCCCUGUCUCGAGGCUCCCCGCGUGCCGGCUGUGGCUGCAGCCUUGCUCCUCAGCCUCUUCUUGAAAAUGGAAAAGAUGCUGUUGGGCUGCUUUCUGCUGAUCCUCGGACAAGUGCUCCUCCUGUCCGCUGAGGCCAGGGAGCGGCCGCGCUCGAGGUCCAUCUCCAGGGGAAGACACACUCGGACCCACCCCCAGACGGCCCUUCUGGAGAGCUCCUGUGAGAACAAGCAGGCAGACCUGGUCUUCAUCAUUGACAGCUCCCGCAGUGUCAACACCUAUGACUAUGCAAAAGUCAAGGAGUUCAUUGUGGGCAUCUUGCAAUUCUUGGACAUUGGGCCUGAUGUCACCCGGGUGGGCCUGCUCCAAUAUGGAAGCACUGUCAAGAAUGAGUUCUCCCUGAAGACCUUCAAGAGGAAGUCUGAGGUGGAACGUGCUGUCAAAAGGAUGAGGCAUCUGUCCACAGGCACCAUGACAGGGCUGGCCAUCCAGUAUGCCCUGAACAUCGCAUUCUCAGAAGCAGAGGGGGCCCGGCCCCUGAGGGAGAAUGUGCCUCGGGUCAUGAUGAUUGUGACAGAUGGGAGGCCGCAGGACUCAGUGGCUGAGGUGGCUGCAAAAGCACGAGACACAGGCAUCCUGAUCUUUGCCAUUGGCGUGGGCCAGGUGGACUUCAACACGCUGAAGGCCAUCGGGAGCGAGCCCCACAAAGACCAUGUCUUUCUGGUGGCCAACUUCAGCCAGAUCGAGUCCCUGACCUCAGAGUUCCAGAACAAGUUGUGCACGGUCCACAUGUGCAGCGUCUUGGAGCAUAACUGCACCCACUUCUGCAUCAACACCCCCGGAUCCUACGUCUGCAGGUGUAAACAAGGAUACAUCCUCAACUCAGAUCAGAGGACUUGCAAAAUCCAGGAUCUGUGUGCGGUGGAAGACCAUGCCUGUGAGCAUCUCUGUGUGAACGUGCCAGGCUCCUUCGUCUGCCAGUGCUACAGUGGCUACACCCUGGCUGAGGACAGGAAGACGUGUGUGGCUGUGGACUAUUGUGCCUCGGAAAACCAUGGAUGUGAACACGAGUGUGUAAAUGGUGAUAACUCCUACAUUUGCCAGUGCCAUGAAGGAUUUGCUCUUAACCCAGAUGAAAAAACAUGCACAAAGAUAGACUACUGUGCCUCACCCAAUCAUGGAUGUCAGCAUGAGUGUUUUAACACAGAGGAUUCUUAUUCCUGCCGUUGCCUGAAAGGGUUUACCCUGAAUCCAGAUAAGAAAACCUGCAGAAGGAUCAACUACUGCGCUCUGAACAAACCAGGCUGUGAGCAUGAAUGCAUGAACACAGAGGAAAGCUACUAUUGCCGGUGCCGCCGGGGCUAUACCCUGGACGCCAAUGGCAAGACCUGCAGCCGAGUGGAUCACUGCGCGCAGAACGACCAUGGCUGUGAGCAGCUGUGCGUGAACACGGAGGAGUCCUUCAUCUGCCAGUGCUCGGAAGGUUUCCUCAUCAACGAGGACCUCAAGACCUGUUCCAGGGUGGAUUACUGCUUGCUGAGCGACCAUGGUUGUGAGUACUCCUGCGUCAACACGGACACAUCCUUUGCCUGUCAGUGUCCCGAGGGACAUGUGCUCCGUAGUGAUGGGAAAACCUGUGCAAAAUUAGACUCUUGUUCUCUGGGGGACCAUGGUUGUGAACACUCAUGUGUAAGCAGUGGAGACUCUUGUGUGUGCCAGUGCUUUGAAGGGUACAUCCUCCGUGAAGAUGGGAAAACUUGCAGAUGGCAAGAUGUCUGCCAAGCCGUAGACCAUGGCUGUGAACACAUUUGUGUGAACAGUGAUGACUCCUACGUCUGCAAGUGCUUGGAAGGAUUCCGGCUCACUGAGGAUGGGAAACACUGCAGAAGGAAGGAUGUCUGCAAAUCGACCCACCAUGGCUGCGAACACACUUGUGUUAAUAAUGGCAAUUCAUACAUCUGCAAAUGCUCGCAGGGAUUUGUUCUAGCUGAGGAUGGAAGACGGUGCAAGAGAUGUAAUGAAGGCCCAAUUGACCUGGUCUUUGUGAUUGAUGGAUCCAAGAGCCUUGGAGAAGAGAAUUUUGAGAUCGUGAAGCAGUUUGUCACUGGAAUUAUAGAUUCCUUGGCAAUUUCCCCCAAAGCUGCUCGAGUGGGGCUGCUCCAGUACUCAACGCAGGUUCGCACAGAGUUCACCCUGAGAAGCUUCAACUCGGCCAGAGACAUGAAAAAAGCCGUGGCCCACAUGAAAUACAUGGGCAAGGGCUCUAUGACGGGGCUGGCCCUGAAACACAUGUUUGAGAGAAGUUUUACCGAAGUAGAAGGGGCCAGGCCUCUCUCCACACGGGUGCCUAGAGUGGUCAUCGUGUUCACCGACGGACGGGCUCAAGACGACGUCUCCGAGUGGGCCAGUAAAGCCAAGACCAAUGGUAUAACUAUGUAUGCUGUUGGGGUUGGAAAAGCCAUUGAGGAAGAACUACAGGAGAUUGCCUCUGAGCCCACAGACAAGCAUCUCUUCUAUACAGAAGACUUCAGCACAAUGGGCGAGAUAAGUGAAAAACUAAAGAAGGGCAUAUGUGAAGCUCUGGAAGACUCUGAUGGAAGUCAGGACUCCCCAGCAAGGGAAAUGCCAAAGAUGGUCCACCAGCCAACAGUGCAACACAGAUACCUGUUUGGAGAAGACAAUCUUUCACGGUCUACACAAAAACUUUCCCAGUCGACAAAAGCUUCAGGAAGCCUUUUGGAAGAAAAACACGAUCAAUGCAAAUGUGAAAACCUUAUAAUGUUCCAGAACCUUGCAAAUGAAGAAGUAAGAAAAUUAACUCAGCGCUUAGAAGAAAUGACACAGAGAAUGGAAGCCCUGGAAAAUCGCCUGAGAUAUAGAUGAAGAUUGGAAAUGCUUUGUUCUUUGUAUUUGUCAUUGUUUCAAGGAUUACAAGAAAAGCAGCUCAGAGCCCCAAAGCUCAGGCUAUCAUUAUGUCUGUAAUGUUGUGAAGCAAGCACAACUAGUACUGAAAAAGCUGGUUUGGUACGGAACAAAGACAAAAAGUAGACACUAAUUUGUAUAAAUUUAUUCAGAGAAAGAAACUUACAGAGUUCACCAAGUGAGAAUAAAUAAGCUAUGCAAGGUAUUUUGUAAUACACUGUGGACAUGAUUUGCUUCUGCCCCUUCCUGCAUUAGAGUAUUGCCAUCUCAUUUGAUUACAAAAUAACGUUUGCAGUCUUACUUCUGUAGAACACUGGCCAUAGGAAAAGCUAUUUUUUGUACUGGGCUUUACCUUGAUGUAUGUAUAUGGAUGUAUGCAUAAAAUUGUAAGACGUAUGUACUUGUAUAAGAAGUUGGAUUUUUUUUUUACACAGUAUUAAAAUUCACACUUCAGA